AUGUUUUCAGGCGUUUUCCCGUGGAAAAGCAGUUCUUCUAAAACCCAAGAGUCGACCACACCUGGUGUUACUUGGCGACUAUUCGGGAGCAAGUCCACCAAUAAUCUUGCAGUUAAGGCUAGCCCGGAAACGCAGAAGUCCCUAAGCCCGGUGUCCUCGGCCGCUAACACACCACACCACCACAAAAGACAGGGCAGUUCCGCUAGUGAGAAACAGUUCGAAGAUCUGGUUGCGAGUUCCAUAGCACUCAUACAACAUGACAGGCCGUCGAACCUGCCGGCUAAAUGCACGGAGGAGGCGUUGAGGCACAAGGCGGAACACGCUCGAAUGGUGCAGGCGGCAAGGCGUCGCGUCGAACGCGAGGCGGCCGCACGUCUCGCUAGAUUACACGAGUCACUUCGCCUCGAGGAACGACUUGCGCGACACGCCCACGAGUGGUCCCGCACCAUCCUGCCCGACUGGCAAAACAUGUGA